AUGAUUAUAUUACCACAUAUUAAUAAAGGGGAUUUUGUCUGGCUAGAUCCAACGGCUUUGGGAAGGAAUGACUCUCGACAAUUUAUUUUAAAAUCUUCGGAGUUUCCAGCAAUUGCUGCUAGAGUACUUUCUGUUUGGACUGACCAACAAGGAGGAGAACAUAUUAUUUUACUUGAUGAUCAAAGCAAUAAAUUAGAAUUGGGGGCUACAGAAUUCCAAAGAUGGGCUAUUCGUCCAAUGCAUCCAACAUCUAUACAAGGGGUUUCUGAUUUAAUUCAAAUGACAUUUAUUGGAAAUCGUAUUUUGGUUUCAUUAAAUAAUAAUUUAUCAGAAGACACACAUUUAUAUUCAGAAGAUGAAAAUCAAAGAAAAGAAUUAAUCCGUUCAUACCGUCAAAGACCUCCACACGAAUUAUUACCCCAUAUUUACGCUUUUGGAGCUGAAAUUUUACGUUUUGUUAAAAAAGGGAAAAAUAAUUGUUGUGUUGUUUUUAGUGGAGAAACUGCUUCAGGAAAAUCAGAAUUAUUUAAACAACUUUUAAAUUUCCUUAGUGCUGAUUUUGCUAAUCAAAAUUUUGAAUUAAAAUUAAAUUCUGCUCAAAUAAUUAUUGAAGCCUUUGCAAAUGCAAAAACUUCUCGUAAUUCAAAUGCUUCCAGACAUGGAAAAUAUUUUGAAUUAAAUUAUAAAUUAAAUAAUGAAUUAUCUAAAAUUGUAAUUUCGUCAGCAAAAAUUGAAUUAUUUUUUCUUGAAAAAUAUAGAGUUGUGGAAGCUUUUGUUGAACAAUCUAGAGAAUCAAAUUUCCAUAUUUUUUAUUGCCUCCUUGCCGGAUUGAGUCCUCAACAAAAACUUGAUUUUGAAUUGACAAAUGGAAGGAUAUCUAGUUACAGACUUUUAGCACAAUAUCGUCGAAAUUCUCGCGAAAAUUUUAUUAAUGGAGAAACAACUUCUUGGAUGUUUGGAGGUGAAAGAACACGUCCAACAUUUGAAUUAUUAUCUAAAGUUGUUGGGGCAUUUAAAAAUUUAAAUUUUAAUGAAAAAGAAAUUGAAAAUAUUUGGAGACUUUUGGCAGCAAUUUUGCAUUUGGGGAAUUUACGUUAUAAUGUUAAAAAUUAUGAUGGAAAAGAAAAUUUAGAAUUAAAUGAUCGUUUAAAUAUUCAAAGAAUAUGUAAACUUUUAAAAAUAGAAAAGAAUUUAUUAAUUUCUUCAUUAACAAUUAAAAGUUUGUGUGAUUUAAAAUCAGAAAAGGAAUUAAAUUUUCGUAAAUUAUCUAUUGAUGAGGCAGUAGAUCGUCGAGACAAUCUUUGUGUAGAAAUAUAUUCAAAUAUUGUUAACUUUAUAAUAAAUAAAAUUAAUUUAGAAUUAAAUGAAGAAAAUAAAAUAAUUAAUUGGAGAAACGGUCAACAACAAAAAUUUGUAUCUGUUGGAUUGGCAGAUUUUCAAAGUUUAGAAAAUAAAUUGAAAAAUGGGAAUAAUUUUGAACAAUUAUGUAUUAAUUAUGGUGCUGAAUGUUUACAACAAUUUUUUAUUAGAAGAAUAUUUACUUUAGAACAAGCAGAAUAUGCGGCACAAUGCCUUCCUGAAUGGGAAGAGAGAUGUGCAGCCCUUCCCUACCUUGAUAAUCUUCAAGUACUUGAAAUGCUUGCUGUUCAGCCAUUAAGUGUAAUGAGUGUUAUAGACGAUAUAAGUAUUGCCCCCGAAGCUUCUGAUACAAAUUUACUUUCAAAACUCCACUCAUCACAUUCAAAUAAUGAAAGUCUCUACCAAAAACCUAAAUCAUCUUUACUUAAUCAAUUUGCAAUUAGACACUAUACUGGAUUAGUACAAUAUAAGGUGGAAGGAAUGAUUUUAAAGAAUAAAGAUUAUUUUCCCUCAGAACUUUCAAAAUUAAUAAAUGAAAGCGAAUUAAAAUUCUUACAAAAAAUAUUUCAAAAUAAGGAAGAAAAUAAUGAGGAGGAGGGGGAUGAAAUAAGUAAUGAAUUGAGUGAAGAAGAAUUAAAUGAGAAUGAAAAUAAUGAAUUUAAAAUUAAAAGAAUUAAACAAAAUACUCAAUGUACAAUUGUUAGACGAUCAAUGAACGAACUUAUGCGGCGUCUAGAAAGCUGUCCAGAAGCAUUUUUUGUUCGUUGUCUAAAAACAAAUGAUGCCCAAAAAGAAAAGUUAUUCGAAACCGAAACUGUUUUACGUCAAAUGAGGCAAUUCGAUAUGCUUUCCACUGUAGCUAUGUGCCGUGCCAGUUUCCCUAUUCACAUGGAAUAUGCUUAUUUUGUGCGAAGAUAUAGGCCUUUAAUGCCUGGAAUUCCUCCACCAAAUUAUUGUGAUUGUGCCCACACAACUGGAUUUAUUUGUCGAACAAUUUUUGGGGAUUCUUGUACAGAAUUUGUACAAUUUGGAAAGAAUAAAGCAUUUUUAAAAUCAGAACAACAUCAAUUUUUGGAAAUGUUACGUUCUCGUCGUCUUCAUUGUUGUGCUGCUUUAGUUCAAAAAUGUUUGCUUGGUUGGGCAAAAAGACAGCAAUAUGCUAGAUUACGUUGGGCAACUUUAAUAUUUCAAAAACAUUGGAGGGGGCUUGUUGAAAGGAAAAAAUUUAAAAUUAUAAUUAGAGGUGUUACUCGUUUACAAGCAAUAAUUCGUUCCCAUCAACUUGCAAAUUGCCGGGCUGUUUUAAUUCGUUAUCAACUUCAAUGUUUAGUUACUCGAGCUGAACGUCAUUGUGCUAUGAUGGCUAGAUUAGAUUGUCAAAUGGAAGAUGAAGGAGAACCUCCAGCAUUGGAAUUACACGAAAAUGAAUUAAAUAAUAUUAUUAAAGAAAAGAAUUUUGGAUCAUUAAAAAUAUUAAAAAAUUCAAAUGAAAAAAAUUAUAUGGAAAAAGAUUUAAAUAAUAAAAAUAUUAAACGAAUUACUAAUAAUAAUAGUAAUAAUGAUGCUUUUAAAUGGAAUAAAUAUGCUUUGGCUAAUUUUCAACAAACAAAAUGCACACCAAAACAUACAAGAACAUUAUUAGAACGUUCUUUACUUUCACAUAAAAAACAUUUAGACGAAUUAGUUUCAUUGUCAAUUUGGCGUAGAUUAUUACAAUUUAUUGGAGAUUCUGAUGUAACAGAUUAUGCUGCAUUUGACGGCAGAAAUUCAAAAAAUAACAAAAAUUCUUCUUUACCAAUUAUGACUAAAUUAAAAGCGCUUUAUUGCCAAGAUUUUUCUGAUGAUGAAAUUAAUUAUAUUAAAGCAAAUAUUUUGAAUUACCAAACUUUCCAAGAAAGUGGUUAUAUUUUAAAAAAGUCGAUAAAAAUAGCUAAAAAUAUUUUGAUUGGAGAAUUUAAUUGGACAGCUUUUGAUAAAGCUAAAUUUAUUGUUAGUGUGGGGAUUUAUCGAAAUGAAUUAAGAGAUGAAAUAUAUAGCCAAAUAUGUAAACAAAUAAAUUGUAAUCCUUCACCUAUUUCUGCUCGGAGAGGAUGGAUUUUAAUGGCACUUUGUUCUUCUGCAUUUUCCCCCACAAAUCGACUACUUCCUUAUUUACGCAAUUUUGUUAAUUCGAAUGCUCCGAAUAUUUUUUGGCAACGUUAUAUUGCUAAACAAAUGAGUAGAACAAUUAAAUGUGGAGCUAGAAGAGAACCUUGUUUAAAAGCAGAAUUUGCUUUUAUUUGUUCAAUUGAUAAUUUAAAUAAUUCGGGGUUGUUUGUACAAAUUAAUUUGCCAAAUGAAGAAAUUGUUGAUAUUCCAAUUCAUUCACAAACAACAAUUGCCGAUGUUUUUGAAUUUUUAACUGAAAAAAUAAAUUUAAAUGAAUCUUUUGGGUUUGGGCUAUUUCUCUCUACUGGACAAAAUAUUCGUUCGUUAGUUGUUGGAGGGGAACGUUUGAUGGAUGCUUUAGCAUUAAUUGAAGAACAAAAUGAUUUUGAUUGGAAAUUAUAUUUACGUAAAGAAUUGUUUUUACCUUUAGAAAAUAAUUCUGAUGAAUUAUAUGUAGACCUUUCUUACAGACAAAUUAUUAAAGGUUUACAUUAUGGAGAAUAUCAAUGCAAUAAAGAAGAAGAUUUAGCUUUAUUAGCUGCUCAACAAUAUUUUGUUUCAAUAAACGGAAAAUCUACGGAAAUAGAUAUUUCUGAAUUAGAAGAUAAUUUAAGUGAAUAUUUACCUUUAAAUAUUUUAAAACAAAAUGAAGAUGUUAAUGAAAAAAGAAGAGAAGAAAUAAAUGAGGAAGAGGAAGAAUGUCAAAAAUGGAUUCAAUUAAUUUUACACGCUUUUAGAAAAGUAAAUAAAUAA